UCCUCAGCUUAAAGUGCCCAUCCCUGUGUGCUCACGGCUACCGUACCAAACUUGUCAGCAGCCCCAGACAGUAGAAGCUCGUGGAUCUACUCUCGGAUAUUAGAUAUACCGACCAGAUACAUCAUCAGAGUAUCGCCAUUUCCACCUGAUUGAGCCGUCACUACUACCACCGAAGAUUGCUAUCUAGUCAAAUCAGAUAUCAGGCAUUCCCCUCAGAUAACGCCUUUUCAGAUUUAAUCAAAUCUAUCUAUAAAUUCAGAUCUUAUACUGCCAGUUUCAUCAAGCUACAGCUCACGCCAUCUUGCGAGCCGUGUUAAUUGUUCUACUCAUUUUACGCCCUAUCAUCAAUCGCUGAGGAACUGACCAUCACGCCAGUGUAUUAAGCAGCCCCUGGAUAACAGCAUAUUUAAGAAUCAUCACAGUACAAUAGUCCGAGUAGGUUGAACUUUAGUCAAUUACCGAACUGUACUACACUCAGUCCAAAAAAAGCACCUAGUACUUCAGAAACAUAGUACCUGAAAAAGCUCAUUGCACUUGAAAGACUUAAGUACUACGAAAAAACUUGGUAUCUUAUUGUCCUUCAAUAUCUAAUAGUGCUCGUAACUCAUAGUACUACUAGCUGUUGCUUUUCACAUUACCUCUCAUACGUAAAUUAAAAAAUGGAGCUGUCGGUGUGGAACUCGACUUUCUCCCCCAGCAAUAGCGGGGCUACGCCGGGAAAGUCGCCGUAUUACCACGAGCUUGGUGAUGCACAACAGCACCACCAACAGCAACAACACCAUGAUGCAACGGGUUCUAAUUCGCAUCUGACUCCUUCGAGCCAUUACCACCAGAUGCUGGGCCCGGGGCCUCUUCCAUCAGGCGGAACGCCGUCCAACUUCUCCGACACCGAGCAGUUGUUUCUUCACCAAUUAGAGCAGAACCUCUACGAGGCUGCCACUUCUCAGGAAAAUACUCCUAGCUCAAAUAUUGCCAAUACACCCAACUCGGGCUCUGGAACUGGUGCUCCAGGAAUUGCAGGCUAUCCGCACGACAUUCCUCCACCACCUCAACUGUACGAGUAUGGAAUUGAGAAUAUGAACUUUAUAAUACCGGAAGACUUGAACUUCGACACAGACCCCAGUCAUGAAUCGUCGGCAUUUCCUCCGCUGCAUUUGCCCAUUCAGACGCCGAGCAUGCUAGCAGCCAACAAGAACUUGGCUACUAGCCAGAAGCUGUCAGCAGAACCUGACCGAAAGUCGUUUGUCUCACCGAUUUUGCCGGGCCAGAACGAGAAAUCCUAUAAUAACCAGCAUUUUUACCAUAAACACAACUCAAAAAACCUAUCCGAUUUCCAGGUUCAACACCAGUCGCAACAGGCCCCACAGCAACAUGUGAGGCCUGAUGCUGUAUUUACGCCGUUAGUUUCACCAGCAGUGACUCCUUUGGACUCACAGGUUAAUCUUAACAAGGCCCCAAAUGCUUCUUCUGGCUCAACCACAGGCGGAGGCUCCUCUUCUUCCACUUUCUCGCAGCAACCUCCAGUUCAAGUCUCGUUUGAGCCGUUGACUUCGCCAGCGUUGAACGCCCAACCAUCUCUAAAUGAUAGACGUCGUUCUUCUUCUUCUGUAUAUGGACCUGGACCUGUGGAUGAUCACCAUGCCCAUACUAUCUACAACGGAAGCAAGAGAAGGACACCACACGGGACUCCUAUAAUGCAUCCAAACAAAAAUUCUCCUUCAAUCAAGGCCAGAAAUGGCUCUGGUAAUUUCCGCACAUCUCCAGCAGCCACUAGCGUUUCUGCAUUUGACGAAUUACCAGAGUCAAGCAUGGAAACCAGCACAAAUGACAAUAGCAACAGUGCCACUCCGAUGUUACCUCCACAAGGUAAAAAAAUAGAUACAUCUAAUGGUGGACAAGAUGUUGAUGACAUUGAGGUUGAUAUGACGUCCAACGCUGGCGGAUUAUCACGUAAAUCUUCGAGAUCUAGUAGAAAAUCAUUUUCAUCGAAUACUUCCAACAAAAUACUUCCGAAGUCUUCUUCGUCGAGUACGGAGACGUCACCCAAGUUGCUCAACGAAAAAUCUUCCAACGGUAUUCCUGUUAUCAAAAAAAGUGGCGAAAAGCCAGCAACCAAGAAAGCAUCUCAUAAAUUAGCUGAACAAGGAAGAAGAAAUAGAAUGAAUAUGGCCGUUCUGGAAUUGGGUAGUUUAAUUCCCCAGGUCUACCAUGAUGAAGUGGCAAUUCCAUCCAAAGCUACAACUGUUGAAUUGGCAUCAAAGUACAUCAGGGCUCUAUUGCAAGAGAUCGAUACUUUGAAAAAUAAGUCUUGAUUUCGGAAGCCAUCCGUUUAUUGAUGUAUGUCCCGAUUUUAUUCUCUGUUACAAAUAAAUUAUCUUACAGUAUACAAGUCUAUUAAUUCUAUCGUCCUAGAUGGAAAGUCGCCAUUCAUCUGGACGUGCAUGCUUCUGUAAAUAUGUAUUCUAAUGAUGGUAUGUGAAAUUAU